UUUUGCACUUUUGCGUAAUAAGUUAGGUUGAGAAAUCAAUAAUGUGUUAGCAAACUGACGGGCCAAUGCGUAUGCAAACGAAGCCCUAAAAACAUUUUCUCUUAUUUCCCGCCUUCGCACCCAAAAGUGCACAACAUUGGCGGCAAAAUUAAAAGGGUUAUUGGAAUGGGUCCUUGUGGAUGAGAUCUAGGGUUUCUACUUUCUAUUCUACCACUGCCAGUAGGCCCCUCCCCACUCACGCUUUCGGCAAUCACAAGCAGGUCGCCGGCCUUCUCCUUCCGAUUAACUUUACGGCCACACCAGCUUCGUUCCGACCAGAUCGUAAUUUUGUGGAGGAUAUGGAUACAUCAAACCCUGCUGUUUUUGUCAACACGGAGCUGUUGCGCAUGUAUGUGGGAAGGAAGGUUCGAGCAGUUAUUCAGGUUAUACGAUCUGAUGGUGGUGUUGUUGUUGGAAAAUCUACAGAUGAAAAACAGUUGAUGGUAAAAGGCUCUCCACCCUUUCCUCUUACAACCUUUGUUGAGGUAAUUGGCAUUGCCGACAGUAACCAAUCUAUCCAUGCUGAAGUAUGGACCAACUUUGGUGAUACAUUCGACACAAACAACUACAAUCAGCUUUGCCAGCUUGCAAAUGGGGAAUACAAGCACUUGUUUAUCUAAGGAAGUACAAGGAGCGUGGUUUGCACUGUGACAGCAUAUGAGGUAGAACAUAGUGAUGAACCAAGCCUGCUGUUUGGUUUUUGGCAUUGAAUUAGGAGCUUAAAUUUGGGUUAGGUCAUCUGAAUAACUAUUAGUGAAGUUGCUUGGUUUUCGGAGUCCCUUCUAACAUUAUUCAAUGCAAGAAUAUCAAUCUUGUUUGAACUUCAAUGUGGGAGCCUCUGGUUGAUUUAAAUUUAAUUAAUGAUGCUCGAGACAUUUCGUGUAAUUAAAUACACUUUGGGCACAUAUGUCAAAUUUAUAAUGCUAUGAUAUGUUUGGAUAUCGUGUGGAAAGGAUAUGAUUCCCUUGUGAUUUGAUGUA